ACGCGAGAGGCUGGUGGCGAGCAGUAGGUGGAUGUGAGAAGACGUCAAAAUGCUUCACAGGACGUCAUCGUCGAGACGACGGCGCGCUUCCCGGAGUGCAGCCACGUCACCACAAGCGAGAUCCCCGAGAGCAUCAGCGCAGCCCUCUCGAAGAGCCUCGUUAGCAGCUACAGAGACUGAUGAAGAAAUGGAGCCAACUCCGCCGCCACAAAGAAGUCCUCGAGCGAGCCUCGCACCAGAUGCUGCGCUAGACUACCAUCGCAGUCCAAGACACUCACUCGUCCCCGAACCUAGAUCUGCCAGAAAUUCUAUAACACCCGAUACAGCUUUACCUACAAGAAACACUCUAGCACCAUCUAGAAACAACUUAGCAGUUGACAUGAAUUAUGGAUCAAGACUCAGUCUAAAUCCUCAAGACUUUAACAGAAGUCCAAGAAACAGUAUUACGCCUGAUGCUACUGCCAGAAGUCCGCGACGAAGCUUGGUCCCUGAGGGUACUUCAUGGAAUCAGCCUCGAAACUCCUUGGUGCCAGAUGUUGGAAGAAGUCCUCGUCAUUCUGUAGCAAGUAUUCAAAUAGACCCCGCUCGGAGUCAAAAAGACUUAGGCCCUAGUCCUCGGACCAGUCCAAGAGGGAGUGUAGGGCCUGAAGCUCCAUUAAAGAAAGAUAUUCAAGAAAUGAACAGGAGUCCGAGAGGAUCUUUGAUUCCUGAUUCACAAAGGAGUCCUCGAGGAAGUAUCGCACCAUCAGAAAGGAGUGCGCGAGGUAGUCUAGUCGCAGGAGACUGUGAAGCAAAUAGGAUCAGCCCCAGAGGAAGUUUAACGCUGACAUUCCAAGAGCCACUGGUUUCCCGAGAGCGACGGCCGAGCGAAGACAGCCAAACUGCGGGUACCCGAGGACGGAGCGUGUCUCCCUACAGAGCGUCGGUGGCUGGCAGACAAACCGGGGCUGGUGCACCCUCAGACACUGGGUCUCGAAGAGCCUCCAGCUCUGUGAGUCAGGUCUCAGGAGAUGAACAACGUCGCCUCUGCGGUGAACAGGCCAAGUACAGUGAUAGGACUGGCCUAGGCCUAGGCAUGGGCCUGACGACGUACGGCUCAGUGGCUUACCAGCUGAAAGACGCCAAUAUGGAAGCUUCUGGAACCGUGGAUUUCGUAUGCAGGGCUGCUAAGAUUAUGAAUAGGACGAUUCUCAUGACGGUGUUCUUGGUGAUGUUGUCUACACUGCCUAUUAUUAUGAUGAUUAUGGGAGUCCACUACCUCCGAGACUGUCCAGCGGAACCCCGUCUGCCAGUCUACAUGAUCGUGGGUGGCGUGUCAGGAGGCGCCGGGCUCGCCUGGCUGCUGUUCACCCAACUCUUCGGGAGAAACUCCAACUCUUCAGCCAGCGUGCCUGAGAAGAUUCUAGCGUCGUUGCUGACUUUGUUUCUGAUGGCUUGGUUUGCCGUCGGCAACUACUGGACCCUGGGCAUCAUGUGGCCAGACUACACACCAACACUGUUCGAGCCGAACCAGUGGUGCCACAGAACGCUAUACGUGUUCUCACUCACACAGCUGGGCGUGGUGUGGGGGCUCAUGGCUCUGGUGCUGCUGGUGCUAAUGGCUCUUGCUGUUUGUCAGGUAAUGGCUCAGGUAUUCGGCUGUGGCUGGUUAGGGCCGCCUAGAUACAAGUAGCAACGGCGCAGCGUCGUGCUAGAACUAUGGCACAGGAACAUUAACAACACCAUGGACGUGGCCGGAGCCCUGCUGCCCUUCACCCAGGUCGUGCG